GCUACAUGUAUUAGUCCGUCUCUCUGAGAAGCAGAGGGGGAGCACACAGCUCUGGGGGAAGACAGAGAAGAGCUGCUGGAAUUGCGUGUUCCUCUCUCCAAGACCUUUCKUACAGAAUACCCCCUUCGGAAGAAAGGUGUUGAAGGUCAGUCUGAUAGGACACAGGAAGAGAAUUCUGGCCUCGCUGGGAGACAGGCUUCACCAAGACCCUCCACAGAAACCCCCACGGGCCAUCUCCCUACGGGAGCCCGGUGGCUGCAACACCCCUCCCCAGAUCCUUCCGGGCCAGGCUGCGUACACCACGGCGGGCGUCCCGGGGGGCUCGUUGGACGUGCAGCACCUCAUCAUGCAGGCGGACGCACGGCGCCGCCAGCGCUCCAACGACAACUACUUAGAGGAGAUGCCUCGCUCCAAACUGGAGCGGCAGAUGGCCCAAGUCAGCAUGUCUCAUGAUGUUGGAGAAAGACCUUCUGCAAGAAAUGAUACUCAAGGCGAAUGGUGCGAGCCAAUCACGUUGCGUCCUCCCAACGAGGCCACCUCGUCCACUCCAGUGCAGUACUGGCAACACCACCCUGAGAAACUCAUCUUCCAGUCGUGUGACUAUGAAGCUUACUACCUGGGCUCCAUGCUGGUGAAGGAGCUGAGAGGAACAGAGUCAAACAAGACGCCUGCUCCAAGAUGAGGAAGUCUACAGAACAGAUGAAGAAGGUCCCGACCAUAGUUCUGUCCGUCUCCUACAAGGGAGUCAAGUUCAUCGACGCUACAAACAAGGUGAGAGGCUUUCUUUCCU